AUGGAUAAUGUGCGCAGAUUCAUGUUCGGGCCCACUCCCGAGGAGCAGCAACGCAAGUGCAAGAGCCUGAUGCGCUCCAACGUGCGCAAGCUAGAUCGUGAUCUCGGAUCGCUCAAGGCUCUCGAAUCCAAGACCCGUGGCAUGAUAGUCGCCGCCUCAAAACGAGCGCAAAGGAAUCCUUCACAAGCCGCGCAAGCCUCGAAAGAAACCCGCAUUUUCGCGCGCGAACUUCUCCGCGUCCGGCGCCAGCAACAGCGGCUUACGACCUCCAAAGCCACCCUGGCUUCGGUGGAAAUGCAGGUCAACGAGGCUUUUGGCAUGAGGAAAAUCGAGGUCAGCAUGAAGAACUCGGUGGGAAUCAUGAAAGACGUCAAUACGCUGGUGCGAAUGCCGGAGCUUACGGGAACGAUGAGGGAAUUGAGCCAGGAGCUGGUCAAGGCAGGCAUCAUCGAGGAGAUGGUCGGUGACUCCAUGCCAAAUCAGGAUCUAUUGGAAGGGGAAGACGACGAGGCAGAGUCGGAAGUGGACAAGAUUCUCGGGGAAGUGUUACGCGAUAGAGUGCAGACUCCUGCCGCACAGGUACCCUCGGAGCCUGUGGGACCCAUCCAAGCACAGCCGCAACAGGAGGAGGAGGAAGAUCAGGAGGAAAUGUUGGCUCAAAUGAGAGGGCGUUUGGAGGCUCUGAAAAGCUGA